AUGAGGGUCCCGAAAGCGAGAAGUAUUGACGUUGUAUUCGAUGGCAGGGUCUUUAUUGGCAAUCUCCUUUCCGCAACUAGCUUGAGUGUACACCCAGAGCUGGGCAUUACACAUAUCCUCUCCGUCUGCCCCGACUUUUCGUCACCAACUCGAAACCACAUGACCAUUGGUGUUCAGGACACAGAGUAUGACGACCUUCUCAUCCACUUACCCAAUGCAUGUCAGUUCAUUCAGGCUGCUUUGGAUGAAGGUGGUAAGGUGCUUGUACACUGUGUCAUGGGUGUAUCCCGAAGUGCAACCGUUAUUUGUGCUUUCUUGAUGCAGUCUCGCCAUAUGUCGGUACAUGAGGCACUAUGCUAUCUUCGGCAGCGGCGCCCACGGGUCCAACCCAACUAUGGGUUCAUGAAGCAACUACAUGCAUUCGCAGCCUGUUCAUAUGCACCUACGCCAAAUAACCCGGCAUAUCGAGCAUGGAAGCGGAGACAGCGCCAGGACAUUACUGCCUUCUCAAACAGUGUUAGUGACACUGUCCCGAUUCUCCAGGAGACGCUAUAUCUCAGCAGGUACGUGCUCCGAUGCGUGGAUUUAUGCGGCCAUGGUAGUUACUGUCUCAAAUUUUUAGUGAAUUUCCUAACGACCAUGAUCGUGCGUCCUGCGUGGUCGCAUACCUUGGGCUAA